AUGGAAGACUUCACAAUCAAACAUGUCAGCCUUGAAAGAUCUGACAACAUGGAGAGACAUAGGACAGAGGACUUCAGCAGCUCCAAUGCCCUGGUUGUGCGGAGAGGAGCCCCAUUCAGAGUCACUCUGCAACUGGAGGGCCGACCUCUCAACCCCAAGACUGACAACAUCAGGAUCAAAGUUAUGAUAGGCCGGCUGUAUGCAAUAAUGCCAGUCACCCUCACCAAAAAGGUUUCCCCCACCCACUGGAAAGCCUUUAUGGACCCCGAGAGCCUGGACCUCAUGAACCCCUCCAUCUUCAUCUCUUCUCCAGUCUCGUCCUCGGUGGGCUGCUACAGAUUUCAGCUGUGUGUGUUCACUCAGGACAGACAGAAGAAACGUGCAGUUGGCAGAUUUAUCCUGCUCUGCAAUCCCUGGUGUCGAGAGGAUGAAGUGUACAUUCCCUUUGAAGACCAGAGGGAGGAAUACAUCCUGAAUGACUCGGGGCUUCUGUUUAUGGGGACACCUAUGAACAUGGUGGCAAGACCGUGGUCCUUUGAUCAGUAUGAGCCUGGUGUUCUAGAGGCAUGUCUGAAUCUGCUCCAAGUCAGCCCACAGCACCAAAAGAACAGAAGAAUGGACUACGUGAACCGAAACAAUCCAGUCUACAUCAGCCGGGUCGUGUCUGCCAUGAUCAACUGUGAAGAUGAUCGUGGUGUUCUCAAAGGAAAGUGGUCUGGUAACUUCAAAGAUGGAGUGAACCCCUCCUCAUGGACUGGGAGUGGAGACAUCCUGAGACAGUGGGUGGAGUCUGGUUACAGCCCGGUCAAGUACGGGCAGUGCUGGGUGUUUGCCGCUGUCAUGUGUACAGUCAUGAGAGUUCUUGGCAUUCCUUGUCGUGUCGUCACAAACUUCAACUCCGCUCAUGACACCAACGACAACUUGGUGAUUGAGGAGUUCUACUCUGAGUGUGGGAAGAAGCUGAACCGCAGCAGAGACAGCAUCUGGAACUUCCAUGUCUGGGUGGAGUGCUGGAUGAGCCGCAAGGAUCUUGGAUCCGGAGUGGAUGGAUGGCAGGUUCUUGACCCAACCCCCCAGGAGAGGAGUGGAGGAGUGUUCUGCUGCGGCCCGGCCCCAGUCAAAGCUAUCAAAGACCGGAGUAUCGAACUGCCAUUUGACGUCCCAUUUGUCUAUGCUGAAGUGAACGCUGACGUCCACAUGAUAGUACUGCGUGGGGAUAAGGUGCUCAGCGUCAGCAAAGACACAGAGAGGGUGGGGUCAUUUAUCUGCACCAAAGCUGUGGGCUACCCCAGACAACAGAACAUCACCGGAGACUACAAACAUGUCAGAAGUCCAUCUUCAACACUUUCAUCAAGAAGUUCUAACAUGUCCGGCGACUCAACUUCAAGCUGCAUGAAAGACGUGUUUGUGUUCCUGACCCUGGACAAGGCUCCUGUUGCAGGAGAGCCAGUGCGCUUCACAGUGAGAGUCAUCAACAAGCUGAACGCCCCAAAAAUGCUGAAGGUGCAUCUGAACGCCCAGGCCAAAGAGUACAACAACAGCCCCUUAGACAGCUUCUGGGAGAACCACGGUGUCAUCAAAAUGGGUCCCAUGGAAGAGAAGGUUCUCCGGCAGCAGAUCGUUCCGGCUGAGUAUGAGGACGUGGUGGGAGACAAUCUCAUAAACCUGGCUGUGGUUCUGGAGGAUAUGGAGGGUAUGGGGAGAGUCCUUGCCACCGAGGAGUUCAACAUCGCCAGCCCAGAAAUCAACAUCGAGAUCGCAGAUGAAGACCGCAUCAUACCAAACAAACAGCAGACUGCCACCGUGACCUUCACUAACCCGUUCUCUCACCCUGUGAGUGGAGUUCUGACCAUCACCGGGGCCGGGCUCAUCCAGGGAAAACUUCACUACAGGAUGCCUCCUCUGUGCCCAGGUGGAGCAGUCGAGCAACGAAUCACCUUCAUCCCAAGCAAAGUGGGAACAAAGAUGCUGCAGGCCAGCCUGUCAUUCUCCAACAUGAACUCCACCAUCAGAGGCUACAAGAUUGUGUCUGUCCAAAGAGCCUAA